UUUUUGCGACCAACAUUGGUCGCAUUGUACAUUUGCCGAGAUCGCAUAGCAGCUCGGCUUCCAUUCUUUUGAUAAUGUUCUGAAUUGUGAUAUUUGUGAUACCCAGACCUUCAUUAAUACUACAAUACAAUACCUCCAGUUUGCGCAACGCGACGCGCCGUACAUAUACUUGCGAAUACAAUGGCAACAUACGAAGAACCACAAAAGCCACUGCCGGCUUUCAAGAAAGAGACGGACGUAGACGAUGCGCCGAACUGGGACAUACCUGAGGAGGGAGCCGUGAGACAGCGGCGUUUUCGCAUUGGAGGGGCAGCAACGGGCUGGGCAAUAUCAGAUCGCUUCGACCGAAUUCUUCCUCCGCAUAAACGUUACCUAGGUCGCAGUCGCCGCACUUUGCUGAUCGGAAUUGGCGUUGUUUUCCUCCUACUUCUAGGGCUCAUAAUUGGACUCGCGGUCGGCUUGAGCAAGAAGUCAAGCGGUCCAAAGAAUAUCCCCCUUCCAAAUGGCGCUGAAACAUACACUGGUGAUCUUACUUUCUACGACCCGGGCCUCGGUGCUUGCGGCAUAGAUUCCACCUCGAGUGAUCAUAUCGUGGCUAUUUCGCAUUUCACCUUUGAUGCGGCGCAGAAGGGGAGCGAUCCGAACCAGAAUCCCCUAUGUAGGAGGAAAAUUCGCGCUCGCAGAGUCAAUGAAGAUACGGGAAAGACUGUCAGCAUCGAUCUAACAGUCGUGGAUAGGUGUACUGGCUGCCAACCUACUGAUAUUGACGUGAGCCCAGCGGUUUUCAAUCAACUUUCAAAUCCUGACUUGGGCCGUGUACCAGUCACCUGGGCGUGGCUAUGAGUUUGGACCAUUCUAUUAUUACGUGACCACUCUAGUCAUUAAUUCCAGUCAAAUGUAUGAUGCAUCCAAC